AUGCUUUGUGUAUGCAAGGUGCUGCGCGGAGUUAGUCCAUUCUCCAUCUUCUUAAUGGACCAGAAGAACAAUCCGGCUUUGAAGGGCGUUUCGAUUUCAAAGCGUGCACGCAUAUUGUCGAAGAUGUACAAAGAACUCCCACAAAAGCAACUCCGAGAACUCCAAAAGCGUGCGGAAAUCCAUCCUAGUUUGAGGAAGAAGGAUAACCCGAAGCCACCACGCCGGAAGACGUUCAAGAGUGAUUUUUCGACAUUUGUGAAGGCAAACUACAGCAAGGUCAAGGGCCUCAAUUACAGACAACGUUUCUCUGCCCUUUCACAGCUUUACGAACUUCAGAAGCCUGUAGAUUUGGCUAAGGAGCUGAAGGGCCUGGGUCUAGAUGAAGCCAUAAUUAAAGAGACGAUUAAGGAAAUGAAAGCCAAGGGUCUCGAUAAGGUCGUCAUCGAGGCUCCAAAAGUUAAAACAGCUGUGCAUCGAAUCAAGAAAGCUAAGCCCACCCAGAAGCCCUCCGUAAAAAGCUCGACCAAGAAGUAA